AUGCAGUCUCCAAACAAGAAGGACGACUGCGUUGCCUGCGCGGCGCAUAUGCAUGGUGCCUGCCCGGCAGAUCGACUGCUGCGACAAAGAGCCAUGAGCCACUCCAGACACAUGGGCAAGAUCAGGAAAAGGCUGGAGGAUAUCAAGAACCAGUCCCCGAAGUUGACAAAAGCGGAUUUCAGCCACAACGAAAGCAUAAGGUUGGCCACCGAUGCCUUCCUGGAUGGUGGGACAGAUUCUUACCUUGAAACUUUAAGCAAAGAGGGCGAGGUGGAUUUCCUCUCCUCAGUGGAAGCUCAGUACAUCAAGGAUAACGCCAGAGAAUCCUAUUAUGCGCAGGAGUCCCUGGCUGCGGACGGAGCGACUGUGCCAAAGCAGAACGAUGCCGGGUCACUCCCUUCAGGGACCUACUUCCCCACCGUUUCUGACAGCAGUGAGCCAGCUCUGCUGCACACAUGGAUUACAGCGGAGAAGCCCUAUUUAAAGGAAAAAUCCACUGCCACUGUCUAUUUCCAAACAGAGAAAAACAGCAACAUUAGAGACAUCAUACGACGGUACAUCAACAAAACCACUCAGGUGCUAGCUAUCGUGAUGGAUGUGUUCACAGACACUGAGAUUCUUUGCGACCUCCUGGAGGCAGCUAACAAGCGCAUGGUGUUUGUCUACCUGUUGCUCGAUCAUGGCAAUAUAAAUCUCUUCUCGGAGAUGUGUGACAAGCUGCAAAUUGCCGAGGAUCUCUUCAAGAAUAUUUCAGUCCGCAGUGUUACUGGAGAGGUUUACUGUGCCAAGUCAGGCAGGAAAUUUUCAGGACAAAUACAAGAAAAAUUUCUUAUCUCUGACUGGCGAUACGUGCUUUCUGGAUCUUACAGCUUCACAUGGUUAUGUGGCCAGGUUCACCGCAACCUCCUCUCCAAGUUCACGGGUCAAGUCGUGGAGCUGUUUGACGAGGAGUUCCGACACCUUUAUGCACUGUCCAAGCCUGUGAGGGGGCCGAAGUCUCCGCCACGCACCAUGCCCUUCCUGUUCAGCAAGAGCUGGGCCCCCCAGCGCAGCCUCCCCGACAGCAAUGAGGGAAGCGCUGAUCCCUUCAGCAGCCUCUCAGCUGGUAGCACCCACCAGACCAAGCAAACCCCAAGAACUCUCAUGUUCAGCAGCAACUUCACCCCCCAGUCGCCUCUCCAUAGAGUUAAUUCCUUCCACAGCUAUGUCUCCUUCACACCCCCGCCACCGCAGAAGGCCAUCCAGCCUAACUACUACCAGUCACACUACGUGGCCGAUAACUCCGCCGUUCUGUACAACAACAUGAACGUUUACAGACCCAUAAGACUUAGACAAGAGGAACCGAACAGGACAGGGUUAAGCUCACCCUGGAGAUGCCUCCACACUUCCAACCUGUUUGCAUAA